AUGACCGACUCCGUCGCAAAAUCCACCCCCCAAGAAAUUGUUGAAGAAGGCUCCAAUGAUACCACCAUGGUCGACGCCGGUAAAAAGCCAGCAGGCUCGACGCCUCCGCCGGUAACCUAUACAAAUCCUCGGCGCACGUCACCCGAAAAUUCCAUCACCCUCCGCCAUCACCGGAUGGCUCGUCAAGCUUCACAGCGAAAUCUAGAGAAGCAGCAGGCAUUGGCAAGAACGACGAAGCAAACCAUCCCAAUAGUCUCUGUUACGGAAUCCCCGCGACGGAAUUCUUCGGGGGAGAGCCAUGAAACUGGGGUUAGCGAUCCGAGGCAAUGGUAUGAGCAGUCCAACCAGAACCACCCCACAACGGCUGGGGCAUCGAUGGACGUGGAUCCGCCCUUCUUCCAGAAGGAAUCGGAUGAUUCGAACGAGGAGGUUAAUCUGGUGCCGUCCCAGAGUCCAGCUUACCGGUUCAUGCGAGACAACAGUCAAGGGCUCCUGCGCCCUGGCAUUGCACACAGCAGCAGCGCCGAUGACUACCGGAGCGUCAUUGACGAUCUUACUAUUGAGAAUAAGCGUCUGAAGGAGGAGUUGAAGCGCUAUCGCCAGAUGGGUCCAGACUCGCUCCGCCGGGAAAAGUUGUUUGAGGUCAAGGUCCACGGCCUGCCCAGUCGAAAGAAGAGAGAACUAGAAGCUGCUCUACGUGACUUCACAACCAGCCUCGAUGGAUCUAGUGCCGGCGCAUCUCCCGCACGUCGGAAAGACAAGUCCAAAGGCAACAAGGGUCUGGAAUCUGUCAUGUCAAAACACGCAUCAUCCUCAUCGGGCUCCAACAGCCGCCCCAACCAAACUGACUCAGCGUAUGCAUCGAUGUCGACAGGCGUCGGGUCUUCAGUUCCAUCACUGCCGAGCAAGCUAUCCAGUCAAAAGUCCGACAACACGGUGGAGCGUUAUUUGCAAGACAUUCCCGAGGGAUUGCUACCCAACCUGAGCAUACUAUUGAGUGAGAAGGAGAAGAAGAAGCUAGUCGUGCGGCGCUUGGAGCAGAUCUUUACUGGCAAGAACUUGGGUCACGCUAGACACAACUCACUCUCACUUGUGCCAGCUGGCACCGACGAUGUUGACAUGUCAGGGCUGUCUGGUGCUGAUGACAAGUCUCAACAACCCCCCAAAGGUCCAACUUCGGCUGCACUGCCAGCAGAAGCCAGCCGCGAGGCCCAUAUUUUGCCUCGAUGUUUACAAAAGAGUCACUCUCGGCAUAAUGUGUCUCCGUCCAACUCUGCUGAAGACCAAACGACUUCUCGAGACACGGGUGACGCUAGCGGUUCGGGUGGUGGUUCUGGACAACGGGACAACGGGACGUCCCCACCCGACGCGAAGGCUCCGGAUCAGCGCCCGACUCGGCCGAAAGAUUUGGAUCCCGAUCGUCCCUCCGUUCCGGCCGAAAACAUGAACUAUAUCCGCCACUUGGGGCUGCACGCGCCCGAAUCUCGGAAAUUUUCGGCCCAGGAUGUGUCGGUGGAUGCCGAAGGUUGGGUAUAUCUCAAUCUCUUGUGUAGUAUGGCACAGCUCCACAUGUUCAACGUUACACCAGCAUUCAUCCGCUCCGCUGUUGCAGAAAAGAGUAAACAGUUUCAGCUCUCGCCCGAUGGUCGCAAGAUGCGUUGGAGAGGCGGCGGUGAGGGUACCAGAUUCAGCAGUGACAGCAGUGGUAGCAAUUCAAAGCAUGGAGGCUCGAGCCCCGACACUGAUGGGUCUAAUGAAAAUGAUCAGCGAAAGCGACAGAAGUCCCGACCUGCCGGUGGUGAUGAGGCCAUGACGUCCGAGCCUUCCAAGUUUGGUCAUCAAGCAUCGGGUUCCUCGGACGAGUUUCACUACAAGCCCAUGUUCGCCCAUCACCAGACAUCAUCAUCCGAUGAGCAGCCAUCCAUUGAUGAGGAGUCGGGUUCAUCAACUGGUCCUCCGGAAGAGAGUCACUUGGGCAUGAACUCCAGGUGGAACUACAGCGGCGUUUCCCGCCCCUCUCAGCGUAAGAGACGCCGUGACGGUGCCAUCAUUUAUUAUACUGGAGCUCCUUUCUGCACGGAUUUGUCGGGAGAUGUCGGCAACGACUCUUCUUACAACACCACCUCCUCUGAGCCAUCCGCGGCACCAGAGCUAAUUCGUCAUGGCUCCGGGUCCUCCAUCCCCUUCAAACCACUGAGCAAUUUUACAUCCCACAGAUCCAUGAUGGACCUGGACUUUAAGCAUCGGGAUGGAGCCUCCGAGGACACUGACACGACGGACGAGAUUCAGGCAGAUUUCCCGUGGUCUAAUUCAAAGCAGUCAGCAAAACUCACAAAUCUCGAGGCUAGUGGUCUUGGUGGUGUUUCUCCUGAGGAUCACUUCGUCGUCGUGGUCGCUACGAGUCGUCCCAAGCGUCUCAAACCCACUGGGGUGCAUCGCCGGCCUACAUUUGCAAAGACCUCCAGCGAAGAAACCACCAUGUCCAAAGACACUACGGAGUCCAUGACAGGACGACUUGCCGCACUGUCCACGUGCUCGCCGACGCCGGCAGGAGUUGCGCAACCGAGAGUCAACAUUGUAUAUUUGAGUGGCAAAGUUGAGCGUCUUCCAUCGGCGCCGCUACCUCCACCAUCUUUCUUCUUCGGGGCCAAUUCAAGCUCGUUUGAAACAACUGGCUCGGAUUGUAGUGAUGACGACGACGACACGGCUCCGCCACACAAGAUGCCGUCGUAUGCAUACUCGGCAAACGGGGAUCUAUCAUCCAAUGAUGAGGAGGAUGAACAUAUCGACGAUGAGGGAGACGACGAUGAGAGUUGCACCACAUCUGUGGAGUCGGCCAAGGCCGUUGCUCCAAUUCAGCAUGUUUUUGGGCGCAAAUCGAGCGCCAAGGCUUCUGACCUGUCCAAAAUGACGACAGGAAGUUCAGUUGCCACUGCAGGGGGUGCCAUCAGCGGGUAUAGUAGUAUGGGGGGAAAUGAUGUAUAA